GCUAAUACAAUUAUUUUUAUUUUAAGAAGAAGGAAAAUAUACACUGCAAAAAUCAUGUUUGCAAAGUCUAUUUUGAUCACUGGUUCUAACAGAGGAAUCGGACUUGAGCUUGUAAAGUUGUUGGUUGAUCAAUGUGAACACUUGUUUGCUGCUUGUCGAUCACCUCAAAGUGCUACAGAGUUGAAUGUCUUUGCUGCAGAAAAAAAGAAUGUUGUAGUUUUAAAACUAGAUGUGACAGAUCAGUCCACUAUUGAUUCGGCGAAAGAAACUGUCCAAACAACAGUUGGAAAAAAAGGUUUAAACUGCUUAAUCAAUAAUGCAGGGAUGGCAGACUGGGGCGAGACAAGUAUGGAGAAAGUAACAGCAGAAGUUCUAAGGAAAAUUUAUGAAGUAAAUACUAUUGGCCCUGCCAUGGUGAUCAAGACUUUCCUGCCAUUGAUCAAACAAGCAUCGUCUCAAGCUGCAGAUGAUAGUAUGAGCACAGAUCGUGCAUCCAUACUGAAUAUGUCAUCGCAGUUUGGAUCCAUAGCAGAUAAUGCAAUGGGAAAAUCUCAUAGCUAUAGGAUGUCUAAGACAGCUCUAAACAUGCUUACUAAAAACUUAAGUAUUGAAUUGAAACCAGAUCGCAUACUAGCCAUAAAUCUGCAUCCUGGUUGGGUACAAACAGAGAUUGGUGGAGAAGGUGCGCUGAUCACGCCUAAAAAAUCUGCAGAAAAGAUGUUGGAGCUAGCUGCCAAGUUUACAGAAAAAGACAAUGCUAUGUUUUACAGUUGGGAUGGAAAGGUGUUUCCAUGGUAACUUUAACGAAUAACAAAAUGAACUUAUACUUUUUAUUUUGUAUUAAAAUGAAUUUUUUUUCUAUUUUGUUGAUACGAAUAAGGUGACAGAGAGGGAAUUUAGCAUCAAACAUUUUUUUUUAAUCCCUGUUGUAUUUUUCAAGCUUGUUUUUAAAUGCACUUUUUUCAGCGUAAUGAAUGCAUCUUGUAUGUAUCUUGUAACUUUUGCAACACUUUUACUAUAAGAUUAAUGGUUUAUUAUUAUUAAUCUUAUAGUAAAAGGUAAAACAAAAUAAUUUUGGGAUCACCUAUUUUAAGAGUUAUUUCCAUUUUUCAAAAUGUCUUGAUUGUGUAGCAGUUGUUGAUUCUGCUAUUUCCAAAUGCCUUUUUAUCAAUUAGUCAACCAAUAUUUGAUUAAAAGGAGGUAAAGUCUUACUCAAACCUCUGUCAUCUGGAAGGUAUAUUUACACUUGCACAUAGAACUAUAUAAUAGUAUAUUAUAACAUAUAUGCACAAUCAUAUUAUUUAAUGCGAACUUGGAGUUUAUAUUUUACAAAUCAUUUAUGCAUAAUUCUAAUGUUUAUAACACGUAAAAUCUUACUUAAAACUUAGAACGUGUAACAUUUGUUGGUGAAAACUUGUCUCUAUACA